AGGGAGCAAAUACAAAAUGUAGCUUUUACACAUAACAAUGGGAAAAAGAACAUAUAUGCCCGACUCAUACAACAUACUUCUUUGGUUUUGAUUUACUAGAUUGAAUUGAGUUUUGUAAAACAUCAGUUAUUGUUUAGUUCAUAGUUCAAAACCAGCCAAUCGCUUGAACAUACCAUGGCUUAACAUGUGGGGUGUGAAUCCAGGCACUGGAAAAUUUAUGCCAGAAAGAACCAGGCAUAUGUCAAAAACUCAGGCUAUCAUUUGAUAAUUGUAAACAUCCUAUCACAGCGGGUCUGUGGGUAAUUCUCAGUGGGAUGCUUCAUGCUAGUAUCUGAUGAAGAACUGGGGAGGAAGACAACUUUUUUCCUCUUCUCCUCCUACACUUUGUUUGGGUUAUAAGAACACAGAAUGUGUUGCAACUAUAGCUUAACAAGUCUGGUACCACUUACAAAAGUAAACUCUCUGUCUUAAAUCAUUGCAGGGAGAUUAACAAGUCCUUUGACCUGGCUGUUUUGAUUUAGCUGUCACAGGCAAAUGCUCGUAGAUUUAAAUAUAGCCUUUUUUUUGCCUCACAGCCGAGUGCUUUUCAUUUGUGUUCCUCUGACAUUACCACGAAGGUGGGCUGAACACAGCAAAUCUGACGAAAAAGUGGGCUGAGCCCUUGGACUGGGAGCGCUUCCUUGCUCUCAGUCAAUGAUUGUGUUAACCAAGUGCAGAACGCAGGCAAUGCCAACAGCAGUGAUCCUGUCUCUCCUCUCUAACACCAUCUAGAAGGCAAAGUCCAGCUGCAAAUCUCCAGCUGCAGGAUUUUUUAGAGAUACGUUUGUUUUUUUUUAAUGAACAUUGACUGAUUUUCCCAGAAAGAUAAUGGGUGUACAGGAUUAUAUUUGCAUCACUAUGACUGGAGGGGCACCUUGGGGUUUCAGACUUCAGGGUGGCAAAGAAGAAAAGCAGCCUUUGAAGAUUGCCAAGAUUCGAAAUAAGAGCAAAGCAUCCAAGGCUGGAUUAUGUGAAGGAGAUGAAGUGAUAUCUAUCAAUGGCAACCCUUGUGCUGAGUUGACUUAUUCUGAAGUUCUUCUUCUGAUGGAAGGCCUGACUGACACUCUUCAAAUGCUUAUCAAAAGAUUCUCCAAUGGGACAAAUGAAACUUUAAGUCCUGAACUAGAAAAUGAAAACCUCGCUGACAUUAAAAAUAAGGAAUAUAAAGAAAGCACAACCCUACAAAUCAGAACAGCCAUGCCAAGUCCCCGUCAGGAAUUGCAGAUCAUAGUUCCAACUGAGGAAACGCUCCCAACAAAUACAGAGCAAACUAUUGUGGAUUUUUCUGGAGCAAAGCAAGAAAUAAUCUCCUGCUACAAAAUCCCUCCCAAAGUGAUCGAAGCCCCUAAAGUACACUGCACGGAGGCGUCUGCCUUCACUGGAGGCAAGCCUGGCUCUACAGUUGAAUUACAGUUGUCCUUUCCACCUGACAGGAAUAAAAGCAGCAGCACUGGGUCUGGUCUGACUGUUGUGGAGGUCAAAGAGAGCAAGCCCCUGGAGACAGGAUCGGUCCUAACACAAGAAGCGACUAGCUGGGUGAAAGAGCCUUCUGCCCAGUGGACAGGCAAGAUAGUCCAGAUUGUUGGUGGCAAAGAGAUCCAAGGGACUCAUGAAGGUGAGAGAAAGGAACCCUCUCUAACUAAGGUUGAAGUGAUUCUGGACUGUUCUGAUCAGGCAAAAGAAGCAUCCAGGUUUCUGUCCGGAAAGGGGUGUGUAGAGUCUCAAGUGGAAGGAGGGCAAUCAGAAGCACCUCCUUCUGUAGUCUCCUUUGGAAUCUCAUCAGAAGGCACAGAGCAGGGGGAAGACGAACAGCCCUCUGAAAAGGAACCCAGCAGACCUCACAAACACCGGGCAAGGCAUGCCAGGCUGAGAAGGAGUGAGAGCCUCUCAGAGAAGCAGGUGAAGGAAGCUAAGUCUAAAUGUAAAAGUAUUGCUCUCUUACUGACAGCAGCUCCAAAUCCCAAUUCCAAAGGAGUGUUGAUGUUUAAGAAGCGUCGCCAAAGGGCCAGAAAAUAUACGUUAGUUAGCUACGGCACUGGGGAACUAGAACGUUACGAAGACGAAGGUGAAGAAGACGAAAGUGAAGAAGGUGAGAAGGAGAACACUUUUGAAGUAACUUUAUUUGGCACAAGUGAGUCAGAAAUUGAUGAAGAUUUCUUCUCUGACCUGGAUAAAGAAGAACGGAUUGUGACAUUUGAUUGGGAUACUGGACUACUUGAGAUUGAAAAAAAAACCAAACGUGGGGACGAGAUGUCACAGCUGCUUCCAGAGACCAAGGGCAAAGGGGCACUCAUGUUUGCCAAAAGACGUCAAAGGGUAGACCAGGUCACUGCUGAACAAGAAGCAAUGAAGAUGCAGGGUGUGCACAGAAUUGAGGCACACCGAGAGGCCACUUCAACAGAAGCCAUCCAAAAUAUGAGUUCUUCCUUUUAUCAAGCCAAACAAGAAGAAUCUGCCAGAAUGCAGAAAAGCCACAUAAGCAAAAGCUAUAUAGAAAUGAACCAUAGUCCUAGGACAAUAGUUCAGCAAAAUGGCAUCAGGGCUGUCCCAGAGAUAAAUAUGAUACAUCCACCUCCAGAAGCUGUUAGCUCACCUACUUCAAACAGAACAGCCAAGCCUUUCCCUGGUGUUCAGAACAGAGCAGCAGUUCCAUUUUCACCCCCAAGAAGCAUGGUUACUCAUCCCUCCGAGCUACCUGCCCCACCUCCUUAUACUUCAGUUAGCCCACCACCUGAAGCAUUAUAUAGAACUGUUUUGACUCCAGUGGCCACAAGCAUCAGUCAGUCAACAUUGUGGUCUCCAACAGAAUCAACAGAGCAGAUUGCAUCCAGGGAUGAACGGAUUGCUGUGCCUGCAAUAAGAACUGGAAUAUUACAGGAGGCCAAGAGAAGAAGCACUGCAAAGCCUAUGUUUACAUUUAAAGAAGCACCCAAAAUGAGUCCAAAUCCUGCUCUUUUGUCCCUCGUACAGAAUACAGAAGGCAAAAAAACUGCCACUGGUGGCUUUGAAUCAGGUCCUGAAGAAGACUACCUCAGUUUGGGAGCAGAGGCCUGCAAUUUCAUGCAUAUCCAGGCUGCCAAACAAAAGAUCCCACCCCCAGUUGCUCCCAAACCCUCGGUAAAGGUUUCUCCGACUGCCACAACACCUAUUUCACCAGUCUGGUCACCUCCAGUGGUGGCUGUUACUCAAGCUCCCAUCUUUCCAGUUCCAAAAUCUCCAGAAGUAGCAAGCCCAGCAGCCAUCAAAGUAGCACAACCAUCUUAUCCCCCUCCACAGCCUCCACAGCCUCCACAGCCUCCAAGUACUCUUAACCUGGAGUCUUCCUUUAAGGGUGUUCAAGUUUCAUCACCCCACCAAAAUUAUACCCCCAAAACAACACCCAUUACUCCAUUAGGAAAUGCUGUUCUUGCUGGUGGAAUGGGGCCAGCUUUUGAGAUGCCCCCAGCACUGAGUGGUAAGGGGGCUCAGCUCUUUGCUAAAAGGCAAUCACGGAUGGAAAAGUAUGUAGUAGACUCAGAAACUGUGCAGGCCAAUCGGCCCCGGCCUUCAUCCCCAACUCCAUCAUUACCAGCAUCUUGGAAAUACUCAUCAAAUGUUCGAGCACCACCCCCUGUGGCUUAUAAUCCCAUCCAGUCUCCAUCUUAUCCUCUUGCUGCUAUCAAAUCUCAGUCACAGCAUCCUGGAGCUACCAAAACUACUAAGAAAAAAUCUAAGAAACAAUUAAGCUCCUUGGAAGUGAUGAAGCAUCAGCCAUACCAGCUUAAUGCAUCUUUAUUUACUUUUCAACCUCCGUCUGAUACUAAGGAAAAUCUCCUUCCCAAACAUCCUUCAAAGAUUGAUUCAGUGUCUGCCUUGAAACAAGCUGUACCAUCAAGAGUACUCAAUGCUGGUUCUCCCUCUAAUGUUCAAGCUUCUUCAGUAUAUUCUGUACCAGCCUACAGCUCACAACCAUUCUUCCCAUCGAAUGCUUCUAGUCCUGUAAUUGAGUCCUACACAUCAAUGGGCUGCCCUACAUUUUUGAAGCAAGAACCAGCAGGAUCUCCUGUAUUUUCUGUUCCCAAGCCAAAAUUCUCAGCCAAGAAAGUUGGUGUCACAGCACAGGAAAGGGCCCAUGAACGAUCUUUAUCAGUUCCUGGAUGGCUACCUUCCACUUCUUCCAGAUCCAUGUCCCCAGUAUCUCCUGUGAUAUUCCAAUCCACUCCUGAUUAUAUUACCAAAGCACCAGCAGCAGUUGACAAGCCUGGGAAGAGGCUGACUCCUUGGGAAGCAGCAGCUAAGUCUCCCCUUGGAUUUGUGGAUGAUGCUUUUGGUCCCCAAACCAUUCAAGAAUCUAUAGUUGCAAAUGUGAUGUCAGCAGCUCGUAGAAAAACAUUAUCUACACCACCUGAUGACUGGAAGAGAAAGGUGGCUUAUGAGCAUCCAGCUCCAAGUGUCCAUGCUAAAUUAGCUUCACUUGGAAGGAGCUAUUCAGUGGCCACAUUACCUGCCAAGAUCUCAAUGUCUGCUCCUAGCUCCAAUGGCCAUUAUGGUUCCCGUCUGCAGCCUGCAUAUUGUAGCCAACGUGCCCAAACUGAUCCUGGUAUGAUUUCCAUGGAAUCCAGGUCUGAUUAUUGUCUAUCAAUGUCUGACUCCAACUAUAAUCCACAUCCAAAGGGAUGGAGGCGUCAAACAUGAAAAGCAAAUGAGUCUGCUGUAGUUUUCUUCCUUGAAGGUCUAAAAUGAGAAUGAGAAGUGUGAAUAGAUGUUUUCUGGCCUGGUAAAAUCAAGAUUUAUCUAGAAUGGGACCCAGUGCUCAUGAUUUGUCAGUAUUAUAAAAGACAUUGAUUCCAGAUUUUCUUUGCCUUGUAUGUGUUUGUGUGUGCGUGUGUGUAUGUCCCUGAGAGAAACAUGCGUAACAGACAUAGAAUGAAAUCUAGUUUAUAUAAAAGCAAAUCACAACAUGGUGUUUUGAUGUGCUUCCAUAUGUGAACUUUUAAACUCAGAAGGUUAUAAUUGUGCAAUAUCAACACCUGUGAGUUAUCCAAUUAAUCAUUAUAAAAAUGUAAUCUUAGGGGACAUGAAAACAGUUAUUUCCUUUUGUUUCUUAUACAAGCCUACUUAUGGUUAACUAAGUAUCUAUUUGUACCACCGGCUAAGUUGUGAUAUGUUGUGUUUUGGUCUUUGUUAUUGGCUAUGCAAAUAUUAUUCCUAACUGAAAGAGUUUAGUUGCAUUAUUUUUAUCUUUCUGAGACUCAACUAGGAUUUUUUUUUUCUUAACUGGUUAGGGAAAGAUACUGUAAUAGGGUCUAAAGUUUCAUUAGGCUGAUACUUUGAAGUUUUCUAGCUUGAAAAACACACUUCAGUAGAUGAACACAGAUUUGGCUUUCAGAAGCUCCUAGAUGAAUUCUUAGCAUUUCUGGUUAAAAAUCUUAGAUAGCAGUUGAAGGGAAAAUCUUCUUGCUGAGAUUCUGGAAAGAAGCUGUCCUCUGAAUAGACAAUCUUACCUUCUUGAAGGCCUCUACAAACUCAUGUUAUGCUCACUCAUUCCAAGUUCUUUUUGCUUAUAUUACCAGCUUGGGGAAACACAUCAGCACAAAUGUCUUCAGCGUCAGAAAAUCAUUUUUAUGACUAGAGGUAUAACAACAAAAGUGCAAUUAGAAAUGAAUAACAUAUAGCAGAUGACAAGAAAUGGAAAGACAUUAUAUUUCCCCAAUUCAGUUUGUGAUCAGUCUUUGGAGCAUGAGUGAAUCAGAAUCAGAAUGAGCUAGAAGGGACUUUGGAGAUCUUCUAAUCCAGCCCCUUUCUCAAGCAGGAGAUCCUAUGCCAUUUCAGAUAGGUGACUGUCCGGUCUUUUCUUUAAAACUGCCAGUGAUAAAGCACCUACAACUUCUGAAGGCAAACUGUCUGGUUAACUGUCCUCACUGUUAUGAAGGUUCUCCUUAAUUCCACAUUGCUUCUCUCCUUGAUUAGUUUCCAUCCAUUAUUUCUUGACUUGCCCUCUGGGGCUUUGGAAAAUAAAUUGACCCCCUCCUCUUUGUGACAGCCUCUAAAAUACUGGAAUACUGCUAUCAUAGCCCUCCUAGUCCAACACAAGUCUAUUAUAUAAAUAUAAGUGGACAACUUGUAUCUUCCAAAGAGUGAUACACUGCAAUCCCAGCUUCUCUCACAUUGGUCAUGCUAGCUACUCUGAAUUAUAAAUCAUCAAUCUCUGUAGGAUGACAGUUAUUUUAUCACUGCCUUGGAAUAUAUUAUUAUUGAUUGCACUCUGACUGCAGUACAAUAUAUUACAAUCCUGGAAAUUUAAAUUCAUUUCAUUUUCUUCUUUGUAUUAGACUUUAGCUAUGUUGUUUUUAAUUUCUUUCUAAAAAAAAUCUAAUUAGACAUUCCAAAAGCAAAUAAAAUAUGAAGAUACCUCUUUUUACAUAUAUUCAAAGGUAAACAAAGCAGAUUCUAAUAUGUUCACUGUUUCCUAAAUAAGAGAGGGAGAAAUGACUUUAAAAAAAAAAAGUUCUCAACUUACGACAGGUCAGUUAGUGACCAUUCACUACAAUGGCACUGACCAUUUUUCACACUGACGACCAUUGUAGCAUCCCCAUGAUCACAUGAUUUACAUUCAGAUGCUUGACAACUGACUCAUAUUUAUGAUGGUUGCACUGUCCUGGGGUCAUGUGAUCACCUUUUGCAACUUUCUGACAAGCAAAGUCAAUGAGAAACCAGAUUCAUUUAACAACUGUGUUACUUAUUUAACAACUGCAGCAAUUCACUUAACAAAUGUGACAAGGAAAGUCAUAAAAUGGGUCAAAACCCAUUAACAAAUUAACAAAUUUCUCACUUAACGACAUAAUUUGGGCUCAAUUGUGGUCAUAAGUUGAGGACUACCUAUAUUAGGUCUUCAUUUCUGCAGCUAGAAUCUCAUGAAUGUUAACUCAGGAGCAAAUACUAUUAAAUUCAAUGGUACUUUCUAGUAAGGAUUAAGGUUACAGCCUAUCUUUAUACUGUCUGGUAUAAUUCGUUCCUUUCUAAAGAACAAUGCAACUUUUCUAAAAGAAGGAAACUUACAUUAUUGUAAAUUGGUUAUGCAGCUUAUGUUUUGGUGCCAACAUCACUCUUUUUUUCUAGCUCAGUAUCUGAAAUACAGUUUCAGUAAAGAUAUUGGCUUUUUAAACUUUAAAAGUAAAGUUUAAAGGAUAUUGACUUUUUAAACUUUAAGACACUGAAUUGGUUAAACAAACAUGCCGGGCGCCUGAAAAACGUUAUUCUCAUAACCAGCACAAAGAAAGAUGAAGCAUGAGGGAAAAAGACAUUCAGGAUGUAGAUAUAAGCAAGGUACAUGCCUUAGUGCAGAGGUCUUCAAACUUGGCAGCUUUAAGACUUGUGGAUUUCAACUCCCAGAAUUCUCCAGCCAGCAUAGCGUAGAGUUUCCUACCAGCUUCUGUAUGAAGAACCCCAGUUAAAUGGGUUUCAAACCACAAUUUGAUGAAUAUAUGAAAUGGGCUCUUUAUCCUGACUAAUCAAAAUUCUGUCACCAUAUCAAUCCUGAGAGCAACUGCUUUUGGCCUCAAGGCAAUCUUGGGUUACCUCAGGUAUACAAUAUAGAAUGUGACAGAAUGUCAUCCAGGAUAUAUAAAGCUCUCCAAAUCCUUCUCUGGAACCUCUUUACAUUAACUGAAUACACAAAGAGGGAUUUUGUUUGAAGAAAAAUAUGCAGUUCAGAAUACAGCAAUUUCCUUUAUUACAGUAAGAUAUACCAUUUAACUUUAACCCAGAGAUACGGCAAUGAGAUGGACAGCUAUAUAAAUUUAAUAAAUAAAUAAAUAACAAACAAGACCUCACAAUAUUCAGAAAGGUAAAUAAAAAUGUUCUUUUUCAUGAAAUCAACUGAGUUUAAAAACAUUUUGCAAUGCUUUUAGGGCUAAUCUUUCUUUUUAUUAGUUUUGUUGUUUUAAAUGUGGUUUUAUAUUCUUUAAGCCGCCUUGAGUCGCCAUGGGCGAAUAGGCGGCAACAUAAAUUCAAUAAAUAAAUUAAAUAAAUAAACUAUUGUGACUUACAGUUUCAUUUUAAUAGCAGAAAAAGAGAAAUGAUCAUUUCAAGUGUAAACAUGGUAGGCUAUUUUCAGAAUGCCACCUGUUUAAGAAUGGUAUGGAAGAUUUGGUAUAUGAAGAAAUUAUGUGUAGUCAUAUGGAGGGAAUGACUUGAGGAUGUCCUUGGUAAUGUAAGAGGAAAGCAAUGGUAUGGAUUUCAGUAAAAUGAGUAGGAGACAUAUGUUGCAAUACUUAUGAAAUAUGCAAGCCCUUUGGUGACUAGGGAAGUUGCAGGCUUUUUGUAAAAUACUUAUGUUGUAAUGCAGUGAACCACAUUCUCCUGGGUCCCUAGUACUGUAGAUCAGUGUUUGUCAUAUCCUGAUUUUUUAUUUUUUAUUUUUUGUUUUGUUUUGUUUUGUUUUAUGAGCAGAGGCUAUAGAGCAAGAACGAUUUAGCUUAUAGGAAAUGUGUUUUUGGAUAAAAGUAAGUGUUCUGUGGUUUGAGGGUAGCUUAAAGAAACUCAUUAGAAAAGCAUAUAUAACUUAUGGAUUAGUUUAAGCAAAAGAUUUGAUUUUAGCCAUCUGAGUCUCUUUGAUAUCAAGGCAAUCAUUUUUUAAGUGACAGUGCGAUCCCUAGAAUUCUGGUAAUUUUUCAUAAGAAUAGAAUAGAAUAGAAUUCUUUAUUGGCCAAAUGUGACUGGACACACAAGGAAUUUGUCUUUGGUGCAUAUACUCUCAGUGUUCAUAAAAAGAAAAGAACAAAAAAAUACAUUCAUCAAGAAUCAUAAGAUACAACACUUAGUGAUAGUCAUAGGUUACUAAUAAGCAAUCAAAUCAUACUAGGAAACAAAUAAAACAAUAUAAAUCAUAGAGAUACGAACAACAAGGUUAUAGUCAUAAGUGGGAAGAUAGAGGUAAUAGGAAGGAUGAGAAGAAAAAUAGUAAUGCAGUCUUAGUAAAUAGUUUGACAGUGUUGUGGGAAUUAGAUGUUUAGCAGAGCGAUGGCAUUCGGGAGAAAAACUAUAAUAAUAAUAAAAAAAUCAGAAGUUAACAUAGAAUUUGUGGGAUAUGUAUAUUCUAGAGUUUCCAGAAAUUUUAAUUUGUUUUAAUCUGUAAUUCUACUUUUACCAUAUAAGUGAUGUGUUACUUUUUUAUUGACCUCACUGGAAUGUCAUCAAGUCUGAUUGCAAUGUUUUGCUUUUCUCUUUUCUGCAAUUAAUCAAUUUCUGAAAAUAAAAAUAUUUCUAAAUUUAGGUUUCAUGGUUCAAAGCACAAAAUAAUAUCUGAUCUCAACAUAGAUUACUAUGCUUUCUGAUUUGAAGGAAGAAGAUAAUUAUUUUCUUUCUUCAUCUGAAAGACAGAAGAACUGCCAAAGAAUAACAGAUGAUGCGGUUUACCUUUCCUAAACUCUCAAUUUCUUAUUUUUGCUAGGAAUUAAAGGAUCAAUGUAGCCUUUGGUUCCGGAAUGAGUUUCCUGUUGUGCCUUAAAGGAACACAAUGGUGGCUUUAUAUUUGUUUGCAUAUGCAUUUGAUUAUUAGAUCCAUCAUCAGAACAAUAAUUGCGGGUGUUGAAAUUUUAAGCCUACCAUGACUAUAACAGGCCAAAGAAUGUCAUGAGAUAAGUAGAGGAUUGAGUGUUUCUAAGUAUCAUGUGACAGGAUGAGACUGAGGUUUUGCUUCAUUUAUUCUAAUGAAACUACUCUGAUUAUUCUGUGGUUUGAUUGAAAUUGUUCUUCUUUUUCUCUAAGACAGUGGUCUCCAAACAUGACAAUUUUAAGACUUGCGGACUUCAACUCCCAGAAUUCCCCUGCCAGCCUUAACAGUUGUCAAGUUUGGAGACCCCUACUCUAAGAGAGAACUAGCUAUAUUCUAAGAAGUUAGUCUGACUAUUGUCACUAUGCUGUGACAGAAAAGCUUGAGACAGGAAUAACCCUUAUUAAGACAAACUAAAACAAAUGUAAAAGUUUUUUUUAAAAACUUAAAUUUCUGGCUGCAGACUAAUGCAUUUUUUUCAUGGCAGUUUUGUUUAAAGUUAAAAGAAUAAAAAAUGAAUAUCCAAAGAAGAUGACAGUACUAAAGCAAUAUGUAGAAAUAUGUAGAAAUGUAGGUAAUUAUAUAAGAGCCCAUAUAUAGAACUAAAUAAAUUAAAGAGCCGUGGUGGAGCAGUGGUUAGAAUGCAGAACUGCAGGCUACUUCUGCUGAUCGCUGGUUGCCAGCAGUUCAGCAGUUCAAUUUUCACUGGCUCAAGGUUAACUCAGCCUUCAUCCUUCCGAGGUCAGCAAAAUGAGGACCCAGAUUGUUGGGGGCAAUAUGCUGACUCUGUAAACCGCUUAGAGAGGGCUGUAAAGAACUGUGAAGCGGUAUAUAAAUCUAAGUGCUAUUGCUAAAUAGAACUCUCUAAGAUUGCAGUUCUCAGUGUAAUUUAAUUCCAUGAGGAUAUGAAUAUAUAUAUUUCAUAUAAAAAUUCCUACUUUUCGUAUUGAUAGAUUCUUAUCACUAUUCCAAUGCUGGUUUGAGUGUCAAUACAGUUCCAUUAGCUUUAGAAAAAUAUUUCUUAGUUUCUUACUAAGUAUUUCUGUCAGAAAGAGGAAAUGAUGUCUAUUUUUCUUCGUAUAAGCGAAAGGUAAAUUUGCCUGCUUCUGAAAAUACAAAUAAAUGAGAUGUAAAAACCAGUUGUCUACCCUCUAUCCAUUUUACUUUUGUACAGAUUGAAUAUUAUCUGUGCCAGUCCUUCUCUUAAGAAAAAAAGUAGUAUUUUGAGAUUUGCAUUGAUUUAUAUUUUACUCCUAAAAUGUGUGGUAAUACAUUUGUAUAGCAUUCAAACAAAAAUAUGGAGGCACUUUCUACUCCUGUGCUUUAUAUCUGAAAAAUAAACUGAUUAAAAUAUUCUACUGUAGUAAAAGAUCUUACCUAGAUCUCAUCCAUCUACUGACAAAUAUAUAAAAAUGCAGCUUGUAAGAUUCCUAUUGUGAUUCAGAAGGAAUUCCCAUUUAAGAAAUCACAUUAGUAAAAGUUUAACUUGCUUGCUGAGAUUUACUGUAUAUUUUUGUCUGAUUAGGAAUAGUAGGCUGGACUGCAAAAAGUUAAGCUACCAUUUGGCAGAAAUAGAGUUUAUUUGGAAUUAUGGUAUAGCUGCCUAUAAUUUCAUAGUACAGAGCUAGGCGCCCUAGAUCUGAUCUGAUAAAUUUACAUCCCCUUAAAUUUAGUACUUAGCUGAAGAAAAGCAUACCUUGCUAGCAUUGUCUAAAAAGGUUACGCAAAAGUAAAAUAUGUAAGAUCUAACAGACUUUCUCAAUCUGAUGCCCUACAGAUGAGUUGAAAUGCUACUCCCUAAAUUCCCGGACCUGGAAAGUACGAGAAAGCUAUCUUAAAACAGAAAACAGAUGUUUAUCUCGAGAGCAUAUUGAUUUCACCUCUCUUUUCUUCCAAUGUCCCCAUUGUCAUAUUCCUUCCAUGGUCAGUGGGAAGGUACAAGAAUCAGAAGGCAGCUGUUCCCACCCCCACAGCCCUCAUUUUUUCCAUGCUGAAGAUGUUUUAAGUGGGGAAAAUGAAAUAUCCUACCAACCACUGUGUUAGAGAAGGAGCAAAUCUGUUGUUGAUGCAACUUUGAAGACAAGAGGGUAAUAGUAAGGUGCGUUGGUGAUUUCCAGCUAGGGGAAGGGGGAAAAUCCUGGGAGCGUAAAGAAGGUGAAAGUUCCUACUAAUUUAAAAGCCUUCCACUGCUAUUCCAGGGGAUCUGCUGUAUUUUCAACAUUUCUUCUGAAAUAGGAACCAGGCUUUGCAAGCCUUAGAAACCCCAAUGUUAUGGAAAGAAGGGCACCAAUCACAGAUUAGAGCAGUCCUCACUUGAGAAGAGCCAUUCUCACUUAAAGAGCAAACAGGUGUGAAUUUUAGUGACAUAUAGUUUGAAUCAAUGAUACUGUAUAUUUAUUGUGUAUGGUAUGGAGCCAUUGACUGCACAUACAAUGAUUACCUGCAUAGCUCCAAUAUGAGUGGCCAUUCAGUCAUUUUCAAAAUUUGCUAAAGGGUACAACAAUGCACAGUUUGACUAUCACAGUAAAAGCAAAGUUCCCAGAAAAGAGCAAAUUAACAACAACAACAACAACAACAACAACAACAACAUUGUAUAUUUUAAGAAGAUACUUAGUUGAUAUCUAGGACGCUGGCAGCAACCUCUAUCAACCAUUAGCACCAGUCAAUGGUAUUCAUGGUACAUUUUUAAAUGUUCAAUUGACUGAGUUUCAUGUUUAAUGAAUAAAAUAAUAAUAAUAAUAAUUUAAAACUUCUAGGAGCUAGUGGUUAGAAAAUUGAAAAUUACAGUAGUGUACAUUCAUUACACUUUGUUAAAACAGAAACAUAGAUUUCUAGAAAUAAAUUCAAAUGAAUCUAUGGCAUUCAUUUAUCAUUUCUAAGAUGACGCUGCAAUGUUCUUUAAAAAGACUAUCAGAAAAAGUCAUCAGGGUUGGAAAACACAUGGUUGUAAGACUUUAUUAUGGAUAUUUUUUGUUCGUUUUGCACACACAUACACUUUCCAUCUGUUUUUGAAUGAAUACCUUUCUACUGAAAUAAGCAUGAGGUUUAUAUGAAUUUUAAGCCACUCAAAGUAUUAUUUUUCCUCACUUUGUAUCAUCAAAUAUGUCCAUCAGUGUUCAGGUAUCUGUUACAGACAUCCUGAUAUCUCAGAGAUCCCUGUAUAACCAUCCCAUGGAUUGUGAGAGUUUAUACAAAAACAGAGAUAUCUUUGUGUUCAUUUUUAUUAGCUUUGGUGCAAGUUAAUACCUAUUGCCACUGCCUCUAUGUAACAGGAAACUUUUAUACUGUUAUUAACUAAUUGUAUCUCAAUUUCACAAAUUGAUAGAUUGAAUGAGAAGAUACUUUAUUAGAAUGCAUGAUAGAGAUGUAAAACUGUAUCAUCUAAUAAAAAUACUUUUGUCAAUCAGG